AUGUCCAACGGUCAAUCUGCUUCUGAAAUCACUACUGCUACUGCAACCACCCAAUUCAAACUUAAGGCUGGUCUUGCCCAAAUGCUUAAGGGUUGUGUCGUCAAUGCUGAACAAGCUAAAAUCGCAGAAGCCGCUGGUGCUGUCGCCGUCAUGGCUCUCGAAAGAGUCCCCGCUGAUAUCCGUGCUGAGGGUGGAGUUGCCCGCAUGUCGGACCCAAAGCUCAUUCAAGAAAUCAUUGACGCUGUUUCUAUUCCAGUCAUGGCAAAGUGCCGUAUCGGCCACUUUGUUGAGGCCCAAAUUCUUGAGGCUCUUAAGGUCGAUUACAUUGAUGAGUCUGAGGUCUUGACCCCUGCCGAUAAUGUUCACCAUAUUUCCAAGUCUCCCUUUUCCGUUCCCUUUGUCUGUGGUGCUCGCAACCUCGGUGAAGCUCUGCGCCGCAUUGCUGAGGGUGCAGCCAUGAUCCGUACCAAGGGUGAGGCCGGUACUGGCGACGUAUCUCAGGCUGUAUUUCACAUGCGUACUAUUUCGCAAGAUAUUCGUCGUGCUCAGGGUAUGCGCGAUGAAGAAUUGGCUGUCUAUGCUAAGGAACUGGCUGCUCCACUUGAUUUACUCCACGAAACUGCAAGACUCGGACGUUUGCCCGUGGUUAACUUUGCAGCUGGUGGAGUUGCUACACCAGCAGAUGCUGCUUUAUGCAUGCAACUUGGUUGUGAUGGUGUAUUUGUUGGCUCUGGUGUUUUUAAGGGUGCCAAUCCUGAGAAGCGUGCGCGUGCCAUUGUGCAAGCCGUAACUCAUUUCCAAGAUGCUAAGACUUUGGCUGAGGUUUCUACUGAUUUGGGACCAGCCAUGGUUGGACGCACUUUUGAUAGUUUGAAGGAGGAAGAAAAGUUGGCCAAGAGAGGUUGGUAA